GCCCCCUUCUUCUCCGUCAGAAAACACAAACAAUCAGCCAAUUUUUCUUGGUUAAGACAUAGAUUCCCUAAAUCUCUGCAAACUUAAGUUUACAGAUUCAUACCUGCAUCUCCAGUUGUGCUCAAAGUUUCAAACAUAACCGGUCGUUUGGAAGCUCUCGCGGGGUUGUUUAAAAAUCGGUGAAUGUGAUAAUGGCUAGCAGCGAGAUGGACAAAUCAAGUAAAGAGAAGGAACCUAAAACUCCGCCUUCUUCUUCUUCUGCUCCUCCCUCUUCACAGGAACCUUCAUCGGCUGUGAGUGCUGGCAUGGCUACUCCAGAUUGGUCUGGUUUUCAGGCAUAUUCUCCUAUGCCGCCACAUGGUUAUGUGGCAUCAAGUCCCCAACCUCACCCUUAUAUGUGGGGGGUACAGCAUAUGAUGCCUCCUUAUGGAACUCCGCCUCAUCCGUAUGUUGCAAUGUAUCCCCCAGGUGGCAUGUACGCGCAUCCUUCAAUGCCUCCGGGUUCUUAUCCAUAUAGUCCGUAUGCUAUGCCUUCUCCAAAUGGAAUGACAGAAGCUUCUGGCAAUACUACAGGCGGCACUGAAGGUGAAGCUAAGCAAUCUGAUGUUAAGGAAAAAUUGCCUAUCAAAAGAUCAAGAGGAAGCUUGGGAAGUUUGAACAUGAUUACAGGAAAAAACAAUGAGCCUGGAAAAAACUCGGGAGGAUCAGCUAAUGGAGCUUACUCUAAAAGUGGGGAGAGUGCGUCUGAUGGUUCAAGUGAAGGAAGUGAUGCAAACUCUCAAAAUGACUCUGGAUCAGGACAAGACGGGAAGGAUGUAGCAUCAGAGAAUGGUGGUUCUGCUAAUGGUCCCAGAAAUGGAAGUGUUGGUACACCUCUUCUACCGGUGAGUCAGACCGUGCCAAUCAUGCCAAUGACAGCUGCAGGUGUUCCAGGCCCACCAACAAAUUUAAAUAUUGGAAUGGAUUAUUGGGGUGCUCCUACUUCAUCCGCUAUUCCUGGAAUGCAUGGAAAAGUAUCUACACCAGUUCCUGGAGUUGUUGCACCAGGCUCGCGAGAUGGUGGCCAUUCACAACCCUGGUUACAGGACGAUAGAGAACUUAAGCGACAGAGACGGAAGCAGUCCAAUAGAGAGUCUGCUCGAAGAUCCAGGUUGCGUAAACAGGCCGAAUGUGAUGAGCUGGCACAACGAGCUGAGGUGUUGAGUGAAGAAAAUACUAGCCUAAGAGCAGAAAUCAACAAGCUCAAGAGCCAGUGCGAAGAGCUCAGCGCUGAGAAUACCUCUCUCAAGGACCAACUAUUAUCAUUCCCUCCACUUGAAGGGAUAAACAUGGAUAAGGACGACGGAGAACCAGACUCCAAUCAAACAGGUGUCGCAGAGACAAAGGUUGAUGCCUACAAAGAGUCAAUGUGAAAAGAAAUACAGCAAAACCAAUUCCUAACACAGUUAUAAAAAGUAGCAGCUACAACAACACUCCGCGGUUCUUUGCUAACAGUUGGUUGUAGGAUUUUAGGUAUCAGAGAUCAAUUGGUUCGGAGUAGUUCUUUAGCCCAUCUUGAGGAUGGUCGGUCCAAAGUGUGUGUGUAAGUUAAAAAGUAGCAAUUGGGAGUAAAAAUUCCUUUUAACGUUUUUAUUGUAGUUGCAGAAGCGAAUUUGAGGCUAUUAUGGCAAUGUACCCUUUUUAAUUUAUCAGAUUUUUCAGUUUUUUUUCUUCUCUUCGCUUCACUUGGUGAAUGUGUAAUCAGCGGUUGCUAUUGAACUCAAGUGUCAUAUAAAUUCAG